GAGAAAAAACUUUAUCAAAAUGUACAGUCAGUUCAUCACAGAGUAUGGAUCUGCGUUUAUACUGAAAGUUCAAGUAAAUGACUUUGUCAGUCAUCAAUACCUACGCCAGGCAACUGUAGAAGUGUUUGUUAACUACACAAAGACAAAUUCCACGCUCACGGGAAACAAUGGAGCAGUAUUAAUAAAAGUUCCCUACAGGUUGGGACUAAGCUUAACUAUUGUGUCAUACAAAGAUGGCUACAUGUUAACACCCUUACCAUGGAAGACUGGGAGAAUGCCAAGGCAGGCAGACCACACCACAGGAGCAGCAGCUGGGGACUUAAGUCCCAAAGAAGUAUACUCAUCUGUGACACUUUCAUUGUUUCCACAAAGCCAAGCUAAUAUAUGGCUGUUUGAAGAUACUGUUUUAAUUACUGGAAAACUGUCCGAUGCCAAAUCUCAACCAAGUGUUCAGUUUCCCAAAUAUUUAAUAAAACUUCCAAUAAACCACCAUAUUACAAAUGUGACAGCCUAUCUGACAGUGCCACAGCAGUUUUUGAAAGUGGACAAUUUUCUCUACACAACAGGGAUCCUUCUAAAUAAAUCAGGUUUUAAAAGUAUUGAAUUGACCCCUCUUGCUGCAAUAUGUGUAAGCCUCCUUUCUGCUGGAAAAGAAUUGAAAGUUAAUGGUCCCAUUCAUAUUACAUUGCCUCUUCUACCUACAAAUAAUGUAAAAUCAGGAGAUGCUAUACCUGCAUGGACAUUUGACCUGAAAACUGGUGCCUGGGUAAAUCGUGGGCUGGGAAUGAUAAAGGAAGCAAAUGACCAUUUAGUAUGGAAGUAUGUUGCUCCACACUUAGGGUAUUGGAUAGCAGCUCCACUGCCUGGAACUACAGAUUCAAUUAUUAGUGCAGUUUCCAAGGAUAUAACAGCCUAUCAUACAGUGUUCCUAACAGCUAUAUUGGGAGGUACUGUUGUCAUUAUUAUUGGAUUCUUCGCUGUCCUUCUUUGUUACUGCAGGGAUAAAUGUGGUCAGUCACAAAAGAAGGAAAAAAAUACAACUAAACUGGAAGUGUUAAAAAAGGACCAGACAACAUCAACAACUCACAUAAAUCACAUCAGUGCUGUCAAGGGGUCAUUAAGGGUAGGGGAUAAAUCACAGUUAUACUCACCUAAGGUUUUAUCUUAUAGCCCUCAAAGAAAGACUUCUAUAGAAAGAGAGGACAAAAAAUCCCGGGGCAGUUUUAAAAUUUAUACAGAAGAUGCCUCAUAUCAGUCAUCAAAUCAGAGUAGUCAUUCAAGGAAUUCAUCCCAGUCCUUGGAUCCUAGUGCUGGAGUUAGACGCAUGCAGCAGCCAAAGCAUAUCAACAGUAGUGUUUCCCAGUCUCCAAGGGAUGUUCAAGACCAAAACCUAUAUCUUGCAGUAAAAGAAGAGAUGUUUGGGCUUUCCCAUAUUCCAGAACAACUAAUGCAUAUAUACAGUCAGCCUAUUGCCAUCCUUCAAACUUCUGACCUUUUCCACUCUCCUGAGCAGUUACAUGCUGCUAAGUCAGCUACUUUGCCAAGAAAGGGUCAGUUAGUCUACAGCCCUGUGAUGGAACCCAUGAAUCGUGACAGUUAUACACAGACAUUACCCAAGAUGCCAAUGCAUGUUCAUCCACAGCCCCCAACCUGCAGAGAUGAGAAAGACAUACUAGAUGGUCAACAAGGUUUACCUUCCCAAAAUUCAAAUUGGGAUCGGUACACCAACAAUUUGCUGGAAUCUGUCUCUGUUCCUGGGACACUGAAUGAAGCAGUUGUAAUGACCCCAUUUUCAUCUGAGCUUCAAGGUAUUUCAGAACAAACAUUACUGGAGCUUUCCAAAGGAAAACCAUCCCCACACCCCAGAGCAUGGUUUGUGUCACUAGAUGGAAAGCCAAUUGCUCAAGUAAGGCACUCUUUUAUAGAUCUGAAGAAGGGCAGAAAAACAGAUAGCAAUGACACUAGUCUGGACUCAGGAGUUGACAUGAAUGAACAUCAUCCCAGUCGAAAACUAGAGAGGGAGAAAACUUUCAUUAAAAGCAUGCCUCAUUCUAAGAUCCUUUAUUUGGAAGAUUUGGAUCUGAGUAGCAGUGAAAGUGGGACCACUGUUUGUACCCCUGAAGAUCAAUCUAUGAGACACAUGCUGGAAGGAGGAAGUGGAUCAGUUACAGAACAGCAAAUUGAAGAACCAAUAAGAAGAAAAAAUAAAGCAGAAAGUCAUGAGUCCAGUACUCCUCCAGGUAAAAAAAGGGGUAGGCCACAUAUGGCUAAAAGAGAGAGCAAAAAUAACAUUUGGAAAAAGAGAGAAGAGAGACCCCUUAUUCCUAUAAACUAAAACACAGUGUGUUUAGUAUUGUUGCUCCUCUUGGGGGUUCGUGCACUGUUUCCUCUUGGCUUCUUGCUGUAAAUUUGCAAUGUUGAAUUUGUAAGGAAAGUCUAAAUUGUUUUCUAGUAUCAGGUAAAGUUACAAUUUUUAAUGUCGAAACUAAGGAUUAUGACUAAGAAAUUGAUAUAAAUGUGAAUUUGUCACUCAGAAUUGCUAAUAUUUAAAUUUUCUAGUUGCUAUUUUUGGCAAUCUGAAAAAGAAGGCUUCAUUUUAAUAAGCCUUUCAUUCUUGGGUACACCUCUGGGAAUGCACAGCUACAAAUGUAGGCACUCAAUAAAGAAGGUAUUUUUAAUGUUGCUGGCAUUGUACUAGUUUGGGAGUUUCAGAUGUUUCUGAAAUAUUGUAUCUAACUUAAGUGACCAUGCAUAGUAUUUAUAAAUUACCUUUGCUGUGGUCCUAAUCACUGCUUCAUUUUGCAUUGCUUAAUCACGUUAGUAUGGUCUUGAAAUAAUUAAGGACUUGAUGUCUGUCCACUCUCAACUAUUAAAAUGUCAGCUAAAUCCUUUUUCAUGUACUAUUCAAUGUACAUUGAGCCAAAUCAUGCUGAGUUGCAAUCUGGGUUGUGUCAGAUUUAUACUGUUGUAAUUAGGGUAGAACACAAUACGUAAUGUUUAGGGAUCUACCUAAAUUGUGGUGAAUGGAGUUGAUUUUGCAGCCUUUUUGCAAGGAGCUCGCCCCUUUGCCAUGGAUUGGCCAAGAGGGCUGCCUGUUGUGUGGUCCCACCCCUUGCCGCUGAUUGGUGGAGCGGGGUGAGGCCAUGUAACGGGAAGUUCUUUAAGCUAAUCAGCUGUAGGGGGCAGGGAGGGGUGGCUGCUAUCUUGGCUGCUCCCAUUCCUACCC